UUAGCAAAGGCUUUUCAUGACGGCGGCGAAAGAGUUUUGUCAUGAUCAGCUGGAUCAGCUAUAUUUCUUACCUUGAGUUUUUGACAGCUCCAUCCAGGUUUUGUUGUUGUUGUAGUGUUUCAAAUUAUAUACUUUAACAUCCUGGCAUGCUCUUUAAUAUUAUAAAUAUGCAUUAAAUUCCCUUGCUAAAAGAUUUGUUAUUAUUUUGUUUACUGGAGUAUUACCAUUCCAUAACGGAGAUGAAUGAUUGAAUGAAUAGCUACAUAAAUAUAAUACUGGUCGUAGCUAGAGUUGUAAGCACAGUGAAAGUGACCAGAUCAUUAUGAACAGUUCAAAGAAGUUGGAUCAUUUGUACCAAAAAGACCACGAUGAAUUUAUAGAGAAGUUGCAAGAAUUUCACAGUGCAAGAGGAACAUCUAUUGGUCGAAUUCCUACAUUUGGUGGUCAGGUGCUGGACCUGUAUGCGUUGUACAACACUGUGACGUCAUUUGGUGGAAUAUCAGUGGUUACUGAACGUAAAAAAUGGGAUCAAGUAUUCAUGACACUAGGUUUCCCGCCAUGUACUAAUGCUGCAUAUGCUCUUCGUCAACAUUAUGCAAGAUAUUUAGAAGCUUAUGAAAAAAUAUUUUUCUUUGGUGAAGACACUGAGGAUACUAAUGAACCAUAUCGUACUCAUGCACAGUUGUUAAAAUAUAGAAGGCUAAACAAGCCUCCACAUCGUGGUCCUCUUGGAGAACCUCUUGUUAAUAAUUUUAAUCGCAUUUCAUUCUCACUUCAAUCUGGUUUACAAAAUGAAGUUGACUUUGCAUUGAAUAUCUGCUCUCUGCUCUCUAAUGUAACAAAUUCAAUAUUCAACCUGGCAAAAAGUCCAAAUAUUCUUGAUUUACUUCUUGCACAUGUUGGGAUUUGCUCUCCAGAUUCUUUUACGAAAGAGCUUUACAAUGAAUGGUAUUCGAUAGCUGAUAGUAGAUUUGAAAAGUUUUGGUUGAAAUCUCUCAAGGAACCCAUUGCUACACAAAUAUAUAAAGAAUAUUUUUAUGAUGGGGAGUAUUGUGACAAAGAUUAUUCGAUUGACUCUAACUUGUUUGCCAAGAAGAAUGACAAAAAUCAUGUUAUUUCACAAGAGCAUUGUCGUGUAAACCAGAUAUGCAUUAUACUGUACAAUUUUUCAUUUGAACUAAUCAACGCAAUGCACAUUGCUUCACAUGACUCAGCUAUCAGAUUUUUGUUACUUUCAAGCUGUUGUAUUUAUAAUAACAUUCGAAGAACUGGUCUAGAUGCACUUGAUAACAUAUCAGAUCAUAUUGAUUUAACUGGCAUAGAAGACUCGUUCACGCAAGACUUUGUUGAAAUUCUCUACAAGCUUUUAUUAUCAAGCGAUAAAUUUUGUCGUGUUAGGUCAAUGACGAUUCUUUCAAAACUUCUAUCUUGCAAAAAAAAUACUGAUAUUUUAACAAAUUCUGUUCCGGAAGAUGUUUAUGGAGCUCUUGUUAGAACACUUGCUUUACCUGAUAUAUCUCUCAUUCUUUCUUCACUGGAUGCACUAUAUUCUCUUUCAAUCUCAAGCAAAGUCGGUGCCACAGCCAUUGCGAUGAUACGUGGUAGCGUUGACACUCUGGUUUGUUUAGUAACUGUUCGUGCUGAGUCAUAUGGGAACCGUGCAAUCCGUGGUUUUAGAAUUGUGGAAAACAAACAUUCAAUGUUUACAGCUAAAAAUCAGCACUGGUUGAAAGCCCAGGAGGAGAAAAGACGACAGCAGCUUUCUAAUCAGCACCACCAUCCAAUGAUGAUGACGACACCGAAUGCUCCUUAUGCAAGAAUACCACUACAUCCUGGGUACUUACGCCCUUCUCUGCCCAUGCCACACUUGCCUCACCAACUACCUCAACAACCACCACCACCACCACCACAAAUGAAUCCAAUGAUGAACCUAAAUGCUAACGUGGAACCACUAGUUGAGUUAGAUCCGGAAAUAUUUACGGUUAAUUGGAUGAGUGGGUUUUACGAACCACACCCAACGAACAAGCUACCUGUUUCAACAAUUUACGAAGAUUAUGUUAACACUUGCAAGGAAAACAAGAGAAAUGGUAUACUCUCCAAGGAAGGUUUCGUUGAAAUAUUAAGGUCUAUACUGCCACCUCAGUUGGCACAAAUAGUGCGAAUUAAUGAAGAUGGAGAUGUAGGGAUUAAUGGGAUACAAAGACGUAGUGUACCGGCCAAAAUUCCUAGUAAAAUUCCAAAGUCAAUCCAUGAACAUUUAUUGCGUAACAAAAAAGCCAUAUCAAGUACACCAAAAGGCCACCCGCCACCUCCGCAACUAGCCAAUGCCGGUGAACGUCCCCCAACAUCUACCUCCAUCGAAUUAAGCCAAGCUGCAAAAGAUGAUGCUAAUAACGUGACUAAAUCUGAGCAGUCAAAAGAAUUGAAUUCUGAGAAGGUGAAACAAAUGGAGAAAAAUGUGAAAAGUCCGAAAAUUGAAGCACGUGAGGGAUUUAUCAAUGGUUUACCUCCUUUAGAUAAGCUAAAAACCGUCGUUGAAUGUCAGGAAGUGGUGGAGAAACUAAAAGUAGAAAUUCAAGGACAUUUUGUGCAGUUUCAUGCACAUCGUCAGCAAAUUCAAGUCGUUCAAAUGCAGGUGCAACAAUUGAUGCAACAAAGUCAAGUGGAGAAUCUUCCCUCUCAAGUAGUAAAGGACAUUCAAGCGCGCGUUCAGACACAUCAUCAACAAAUGGGAAUACAUUAUCAAAGGUUGCAGGAACUUAAUGUACUUUCUGAGCAAGUGCAAAAUAAAAUGCAAAGCUACAAGGCGACGGAAGGCAGUAUUCCAAGUGAACCUACUACACCAUCAGAUCAAGCCCAAUCAACUGAAACUCAAUUAGCAGCAGCCCAGCCUCGGGUUCAGCAAUACGCCGUUUCACCUAUGACUCCAAACCCCAUUAACACGCGAUUUCCAGUAACAUCUUUUCCAUCCAGUCCAAAUUUACCUUUAACCAGCGGUGCGAUUAUGAACAGAGCAGCGUCAUUAUCAAGUCCUGUAUCUGUUUUCGCCAACACUAAUACAUCUUCUCGCACACCAACAGCAAUGAUGUCCCCACACAUCUUAAACACACUCCAACCACAAACGUUCGUCGUUCCUCCUGCCACAACUCUGUUACCACAAGGAGGCAUGGUAACAAUACAACAUGGUAUCCCUUCGACAAUAUUAUCUGCUCCUGGUUUUGCCAGUCCACCUUCUACCCCAACACGUGGAAGAGGAAGUAGAGGUGGUCGAAUAGCGAGAGGAUCAGCCUCGCCAAAAGGCAAAGGUUCUCGCGGGGCCCGAGGAUUUCGUGGGGCGAAAGGAUCUCGCGGUAGCAAAGGGACGCUCGGUGGUCCUUUAAACGCAGCAAAAAAGGAAAUGGAAAAUCAACAAAGUCUUUUAUUAAACGGUGUUAAUCCGCACGUCUCUGCAAUGCACCUUCCUUUUGUUCAGUCUCCGCUUCAGGAGAUUCAUUCGCCUAUACCAAACAUGCAAGCUGCAGUGAUGUCGCAUGGACUGCCAGCGAGCCGUGUUAUGCAACCUAUUACUACUCCGUCCACGCAGCAAACUAAUGCACCUCAAGAAAUGCUUACUUCAAAUCCAUUAGGCAGUCCGUCGGUACAACAUCCUUCAAAUUCAAUAAUGCAACAAUUAGUUAAUAAUCCAAGUCAGCCCGUCACGCAAGUGCCACACUUAAACAACGUAAACAGUUUGCAAACAUCUUCUGAAACUCACUUAACCUCACCGCGAAACAUUUGCUCCCCCACGAACAUUUUAGUGGAAGACUCCUUUAACAAAGCUAGGAGUCAGUUACAAAAUGGACAUUUAAAACCAGUGAUCCAGUGUAACGGGGAUAUUACAAAACUCGAACAUACUCCUCAUGCAGGCGUUACUCAUACAAAAUCUCCGGAUUCCAGUGUGUCACAGGGUGUGGACUUUACCAAGUUAAACGGUAGCAUCACUGAAGCACUAGGCAAUAAAAGAACUGGUGAUUGUUUGAAAGACACUACACCGUCGAAGAAAGUACGAAUGUCCAACCGUGAUGGGUUGGAUGUUUUAUCGCCCGGUAACGAACUAACUGGUAAGCACUUAUCCAGGUUAAUAAAUAUGUCUGAUAAUGAUCGGGCUGUCGGACGUGUUGAAAUAAAGGAUGUAGCUUUAAACGGAAACUCAGAGAAAGAACUACCGUCUGUACCUGAGAAAUCUACAGGAACAAAAAUAAAAUUGAACGGAAAUAAUCAUGAGGAAGCUACGCUUUGUAAUGGCAAAGGAAAAGAACUUAAAGAUGGAGUUAGUCAGGUAGAGCGAGACGAAAAAGAGAACCGCACUAACAUAGACGUCAACUGCAGGAACCCCAUCGAGUCGGAUGAGAAAGCUGAUCAAAACGAUGUAGUGGAAGCAGACAGGAAAAAUCUGGAUAUGGACGAUGAAAAAAUCAGAACCCAUAACGCACUUGAAAUGUUGACUGAAUAUCAGGAAGGAAGGAAGAACUAUGUAUAUGCAAAUAAGAUAAAAGAAAAUAUUGAUACAGACAGCAAUCUGCCUGUUGAAACUCGUGAUACUGAUGAACCUAAUAAAAACAACCAACAUGUUUGUUUAACGCAUUGUGAAAAUGGGAUAGACAUAAUAAGUAAACCGCCUUCUCCCUGUAAUGGCGAAACUUCUACUAUCGUAAACAAAGUCAAUGAUAACAAACCGGAAAACCCGAUUCCGGGUAAUAAAUUAAACGGUUUAAGACUUGAUCUCAUUUCUUCGAGCAGUGAAAUGAUAACCCAAGCUUCAUGCAAAGAUACUUCAGAAAGUAUUACAACAAAAUUAUUAAGUGACUCUAGUUUAGUUGACGGUAUGGGAGAAAGGUUUUCGACUUUGGAGAAACCACCAUCAACUUUGAAUUACUGUUCUUGUGAAUGGAAAGACUGUACUUGGCCACCUUUCAAGAGCGCUGUUUAUCUACUCACGCACAUGAUUCGUUCCCAUGCUCCAUUAGAAGGGAAAACAUCCAUUUGCAAAGUUCCGGGAUGUGCAACAUCAACGAAACCACGUGGUGCGUUGAUAUGUCAUUUUCAAGAAAAACAUUGCUUAACGAAAAACGAAGACGGUACAUCAACAGUGGUACCUAUGCCGAACGAUUUGUAUUCAAAAUAUAAAGAGCACGAAGACGAAUCUCCGGUUACAAGAAGUGUGAGAUAUACAGCAGCUCUCAUUCUCCGCAACAUUGCUAGAAAUUCAGCAUACGGAAAAAGAUUAAUCAUGACUUAUGAACAGAGACUAUCUGUGGUCGCAAUGUCGACUUCUGAAGCUGCUUCAGCUGCUACGCAAUGUUUGCUGGAACUUUCUCAAGCGGAUGAUGAAGACAAGGAAGAGUCCUGAUAAAAAUUUAGCUGUAUAUAGAGUUUUAACUUAAUUGUGUGUAGAGUGUUACGUGAAGAUGAUGGGAAAGCCUUGGAAGUUUUUUUAAGUUAUUAUUGUUAUUUUUUGUUUGAAUUUAAAUUUAAUUUCAUGUUAAAAUCAUAUAUAUUUAUAAACAGAAGUUUUUAAAGUAGAUGAAUAGGAAAGGCUGGCUCUGGUUUUUUAUACAGAACUUUUGAAAAAAGUCUAUUUUUUAAAUUCUACUGGAAUUUUGUUAUCGUUGAAGAAAUUAGUUUCUUCUGUUCUCUCUGCUUCAGUUUGAUAGGGCGAAAGUUUUUGCAUGUGUUUGUUGUUGUCGCGGCAUGCUUUUUUCUUCAACUUUUACUACCACAACCUGUCAAGGACUCCUCCUUUUGCGCUGAACAACAAAACAUUUGCGCUGUGGUAAAUGCUGACCAAAAGUUGCUUUGAGGACGGAGUUGUAAAAGAUUAAAUAGUAACGGACUUUGCUCCACCACUGCAGAAUAGGAAAGGGGUGAUGUUUAAAAAAGAUUUUGUUCUACUGUUAAUACGGUCUACCAUGUAGGCUGUGCAAAAGAAGAACAUUUCUGUAUGAUUUGAGAUAAUUUGUUUUUGGAAGAACUGGGAUUUAGUGCUCCCCUCUAUGUUAACGUCGUGAAAACACGGCUUCUUAUUUAUUUUGUUAAUAGGAUGUCUAUGUAUAUAUACGCUGCCUAUUAAUAUUAUUAUUAUUGUUAUUAUUAAUGCGAUUGUAUAAAUACAAUGUUAUGAUAAUACAACAUGAAGAUUUUUAUAA